AAGUUGGUUGCAGCCCGCCUGAUUUGCAAGCACUCCCGGACACAUCGCAAUCUACUAUCAAUGCCGUCGGCCGCGGAUCGCAUGGAGCUCGCGGAGGUCGGCGGCGAGGCGAGCGGGUCGGAGCAGUUCUUGGUCCAGGACGCUCGCGCCAGGCGUUCGCCCUGGCGAGCGGCGGGUGGCGCAGGUGUGGCCGCCUUGCUCCUGGCUGGCGCAGGCGCGGGGGCAGCGCGCUUGGCUGUAGGCGGGGCGGCGUCGGACACGGACCGCCUCCAGAGCAAGGCGCAGACGGUGGCCAUGCCCCCGCGCGACAAGUGCGCCAGCACGGACGACGAUUGCUACAGCCUGGGGUGUUGCAACGUUGCGGGCCUGAAUUGCUUCGAGACCAAGCCAGGAGAGGGCAAGUGCCUGAAGAAUUGCACCCCCAGCGCCUCCCAGCUGUGCGUUCAGACGCAGCCGAUCAUGGACCCGAUCCUCAAGGAUGCCUGCCGACUGGUACGGCCCGUCAUUGUACUGCUUCGCAGUGGUCAUGCAGGACAUCGGCAGCACAAAGAAGAUGUACGACUUGGAGCUGCUGCAGGGAGCAUAUGGCAGGAAGACCAGCAUCUUCGGGUGCGAGAACUGGGGAGUAUUCAGCGACAAGGAGGGGGAGGUCGGGCCCAGCGCUCCCCUUGUGAAGCUGGAGGAUGCCGACGGGGACUUCCAUUUCGCGAAGAGAGAGGAGACCGGCACCUGGCUGAAUACGGGCUUGCACUACCAGGCCUGGAAGGCAAUUGGGGAAGCAGGCGUGUACAAGAGCGCCAGCUGGGUCGUGAAGGUCGAUCCUGACGCGGUGUUCGUGCCGAGCCGCUUGGUGUCCUACCUCUCCAGCAAGUUGGUCCCGGCCAACGGCCUCUACCUCGAGAACUGCAAAGGCGUGAAGUAUGGGUGGUUCGGCAGCUUGGAGAUCUUCUCGGCGGUGGCCUUCGAGACACUCCUGGGGUCGAUGGCCUCGUGCAAGGACACCGUCGAUUGGAAAACGGGCGUUGACGGAGGCAAGUACGGCCCCAUGGGCGAGGAUCUGUUUGCGCAGGUGUGCCUAGAUGCGAAGGGCGUCUCCCGUGGAGAGGCAUUCGGCACCAAGCUGGACGGAACUUGCGAGGCGGACCGGCCAGAGGCCGAGAAGAAGAACAAGAAGUGGAAGCCCACGUGCGACGGCGAGAACUUCCCGGCGUACCACCCGCUGAUGAAGCCCGAGGACUAUAUGGCGUGCUUGGAUGCCACCACCAAGGCAUUCGGCUACUGAGCGCCCUGCAGGGGCCUGGGAAGCUGCGGUGCGCCAGGCAGAGCGUCCUGCCCGCCUGCCUCGUGCGCCCCACGCCCUAUUGUUUUUUGGUCGUGCAAGCAUUGUUCGCGCUGCCCUGGCCCGUCCUCCACGCAAAGUUGGUGAUGGGCAGAGAUGUGUCAGAGGUGGCACGCAGCCUGGUGCUGCUUAAUCAUGGGAGGCCCCCAUCUCUUCGUCCAGCUCGUCCUGACGGCCCACUAGCCAGUGAAAGCACCAUCACCGUAGUUAUGUACAGUUUCCCGCCGUGGAUCAGCACCUGCCUUUCCGCGGUGGCCUCUGCGGUGCUCUGAGCUUCCUGGAUUCUCCCGAUCAGCAUCGAUGCGGCGAGGGUGAAAACCUUUUACAGCGGAGGCUUUGGUAUAGAUUCAUUGGCACGGAUUUCCCACGUAGGGGUUCCUUUAGCGUGGUUUUAUGUGUCAGGACUCCUUAGUCAGAUUCCUUAUGAGGGAGUCCUUUCGUAAUGAUUCCCAAGAAUGAACAUUGC